AUGGCGGCGUGCGCGCGGUCGGUGCGCCGCUCGAGGACGGCGUGCUCGGCGACCCCGGGGUCGUCGGCGAGCUCCUCGGCCGAGGAGGGGAUCUGGGGCAGCGGCAGCCGGGCGAGCGCGAUGCUCGCCCGGGGCAGCAACGAGGCCGUCACCAGCGUCGUGGCGCCCGCGCCCGCGGCGAGCGCCGCCGGGUCGUCCGCGCCGACGAGCGUCGCGACGCCCGCGACGAGGGCGACCACGCUCCCCGCGCCCGCCACCGCGACCAGUGCGGCCAGGCCGCCGCGUGCGGCCGAGCCCAGCACGAGCAGGGCCGCGACGGCCGUCACGGUCGUCAGCACCGCACCGAGGAGCAGGUGCGGCGCGGACGGCGCGAGCACCCCGAGGGUGCCCGGAGGCCCGGGGACGGCGGCGACCCCGCACACCCCGGCCGUCAGCGCGCCCCCGACCGCGAAGACCGCGCCCGCGCCCGGUUCGCCGAACGACCGGGCGCAGACCGCGCCGACGGCCACGCCCGCCGCGGCGACGAGGCCCGCGAGCAGGGCGGUGACCAGGCCCGCCGCCGUGCCGGGACCGCGGCCCGCGACGACGAGCGCGACCACCGCGAGCGCGAGGCCCAGCGCGAGCCCC